AUGAUGCCGGCCCCCUCCGAAGCUAAUGGGUGGAGCUGCCCGCGGUGCGCCCGAAACAACCCCGCCCGCGUUGCCGUCUGCACGUCGCGAGGCUGUCACGUCUACUUCUGCUUCAAGUGCUCGCGAACCGGCCACCUUCAGGCGGACUGCCUCUACCGCGUGAACGGCACGGCGAAAGGCGCGUCCGGUGAGGUCCGGGCAGGCGACUGGGCGUGUGACGUGUGCGGCAACCACAACUUUGCGUCAAAGGCGACUCUAACGGCCUCUCCCCUCUCUUCUUACUCCGUGACCGACGCAGCCCCAUGGCUAGAUCGGCCUGCAUGA